AUGGAAGAAGCCAGUUGCAUCCCUGGGUACAGAAACAUAAACGCGCAGCUGCUGUACAGGCUGCAAGAAGACUACGCAUUCGUUAAUGAUAUAAGAGCUAGGAAGUUCUUUUACAAUCCAUACUUCCGCAAAGAACCAGAGGGCUCAUAUGUCAAGGAAUACCACGAGAAGUAUCCGAUUGGCGGACCGCUGAAGGGGUGCGUGUUUUCUCCCCUUACUAUGGCGCAGCAAAAAAUGAACAGACAGUGCAACCCGUUUGUGUCCUACCCGUACGGGGUUCCUCGAGAUCCCCCAUAUGAAAAGUGCUCCAAAUGUAGAGGGAACAAGAAAAGUAAAAAAGGGAAGCGGGAGAAAAAGGAGAAAAACCGUCAUCAAAGUGAUCAUCAAGGUGAUCAUCAAAGUGACUUAUUCGCUUCGAAAUUGAGCUCCCCCAUUGAUUACAACCCACCGCAGGGGAAUUCGCAGCUUAAUGAAGACAACCAUUUUGAUCAGACUUGGGAGUACCCCCCGGUUCAUUAUCCACAGGAGGGAAGCAGCCAAAAUGGGGAUUCACCUUACAGCUCGUUCGAAAUGAACACUCCGCACGACUUGGAAGGUACAUAUGUGCAUGCCAAUGAUGUAGAAAGCGCGUCUAACGAAUUGGAGAGUCCAAGAGAGAACUGCGUCAACUACGUCGAUGUUGACAAACCUGAGUACCAUUACAGCUACAAUGAAAAGGCAAAUAGAAAUUCUCAGGAGGGGCUACAAAAGGUGGACGAGAACAUUUUUCAGCACAGGAGUGAUUCUCACCUGAGUGACGAUGGCGAACGCCCCUCUGAGCAGAAAGUCACUUUUGAUGUGAAAGGAGAAGAUCAAUUCAGCACGAUGUUUGCAGAUUCGGAUGAGGAGAUGGCAAGUCCCCAUAAUGCGGAAGCGCAGGAUGAAGUCGAGGGUAUCUUAAGUCAGUACAUAAACGAUAUUAAAAAGAAAGGGCCGAAUGGUAGGAAGCAUCAAAACAAGGGGAGCACAAGUGGGGAUGAUCCGUACGACACACCUGUACGGAUCAAAAGGGACGCGGAGGAUUUGCACGAUAACGAAAUGGUAGCCGUGAAAAUGAGCGUGCAAGAGAAGGGAAAAACACCCAAAACGUCGGACGUACGACCUGGUGACGGCGCAAAGGGAGAUAAGCACGACAAGCGGCCCAUCAAACAGGUCAAAAUUUGCGAACAUGAAAAUGUGUUGAAUAAGUACAGCGUCACUGAGAACUCCAAAAUGGAGGACACUUCGAAUGAGCGUUUGAAAGUGGGAGUAUCAUCGGGGAGAGGUUCCCCCGAUUCGCGCAGUCCGCGCAGUCCAUACAGUCCGCGUAGUGUGCACAAUACCCGCAGUCCUCGAAUCUUGUCCAAUCAGCCCAAUGCCGAAAGGGAGAAAGCGUCGGAACAUCACGGCAGAGUAUGCAGACAAGCUAUUCCAAAGAACGAAGCAGCAAAGAAGGAUGUCAUACAGUCAAGAUAUAAAAGAGAAACUGCUAACACCCCACAAAUGUCCAAAUCAAAUGAGGAAGACAAAUGGGGAGCCAUUUCUGCGAAAAAAGGUGCACCGAAACAGAGGAUGGGAUACAACCCACAUAGGGAAAUUAUGCCACCAAAAAGGAAAACUGAGAAGAAAGAAUUAGCUUAUAAAAACUCCAAAAUAGCAAUUGGGAGAGCCAAAUCUUUGAGGUUUAGAAGAGAUACAGUCACUUUCAACACAAAAAAUAUUAACUUCCAACAGAGGAAAAAAAGUAUGCUGAGCAAACAAAAAUCGAUGGCCGUACCGAAGCUCAAAAAGCAAAACACUGUAGCCUUGAAGAGGAGAAAAACCAUGUCUAGGCUAAAUUCUAUGAAGAACCCACCUUACACCAUCGUCUUAAACAAAAAGAAGGUCAUGAAUAUGAACAAAGGGGUGCAUCCUUCGGAGAACAAGAAGGAUAAAGUGAGUGGUACUACGACUACCCCUUUUGCCGCGAGGAAAAUGCUCGCUAGAUCAAAGACCAAGGUCCUCGUUGACAAUGAAACGAAAAUAUUUAAAAAGGAAAAUGUGAAAAUGGUUUCAAGCACCCCCUUUAAGCCGAUUGCAUCUUCUGUGGAAAGUACCACACGUAACGAGCCAGAAAAUGGGAAACAGAAAAAAGAAAUGGGCACAACCGGAAGUGCCAACAGAGAGAGUGCACACCUGAGCGCUAAUGCGGAUAAAAGAAGAACCUACAAUAGCUCUGUUAGAAAUAAGCUGAAAUCGAAAAAGGAGGAAAUGUUCCAAAAUAUUAUAUCCUUGACGAAGAACAUGAAGGAGAAACCGCUAAAGAAGAAGUACAACGAUCAGAUUGACCCACGCGAUUUGCUAUCGCUCACGUCUAACAAUAGCAGCGCUGCGGCGGACGGUGAUUUGUAG